CGGACUAGAGACUAGCUUAAUGGUCCUCAGUUUGGACUGAUUGCUAUUAAAUUCUGUAAAACCGUCACCUUUGAUCUUGAUUAAUUUUGCACAUCGGUGAGAAUGCCGAAAAAUAAAGGUAAAGGAGGGAAGAAUCGGCGGCGUGGAAAGAACGAGAAUGAGUCGGAGAAGAGAGAACUGGUCUUUAAAGAGGAUGGACAAGAGUAUGCCCAGGUGAUCAAGAUGUUGGGAAAUGGCCGUCUGGAGGCCAUGUGUUUUGAUGGCGUCAAACGGCUGUGUCACAUCAGAGGAAAACUUCGCAAAAAGGUUUGGAUUAACACUUCGGACAUCAUUCUGAUCGGACUGAGGGAUUACCAGGAUAACAAAGCUGACGUCAUUUUGAAGUAUAAUGCAGAUGAGGCCCGGAGUCUGAAAGCGUAUGGAGAACUACCAGAGCACGCUAAAAUUAACGAGACAGACACAUUUGGACCGGGAGACGAUGAUGAAAUCCAGUUUGAUGACAUCGGGGAUGAUGAUGAGGACAUUGAUGAUAUUUAAGUGUGGACUUGGGACUCUUGUUCCCUGGCAUCGUUUACACAGAGGCAGAGUGGACUUUUCCAGACUGGGACACCUUUCACCCCCCCCCCCCCCCUUU